AUGUCCGUCGCGAUGUGGGACUUGGUGCCGGUGAGGUGCAGAUGGAUUGAGACCUUGAGGCACUGCGGCAAAACGCUCCUGCGCCGCCAACGCAGACUCCUGCGGCGGAUUAAAAAGGUUUACCUGCACAGUUGGCGCUCCGCGAGCGAGCUGAACAUGUUGGUGGGUGCGAAGGUCGGGGGCGCGACGCCGCUGGUCAUCGCUUGCCGGAACGGCCAUUACGACGUGGCGGAAUACCUCAUAGAGAGGUGCAAAGCGGACAUCGAGCAGCCCGGAUCAGUGACCUUCGACGGCGAGACGAUAGAGGGCGCGCCCCCGCUGUGGUGCGCCGCCGCCGCGGGCCACAUGCCGCUAGUGAGGCUGCUGGUGCGCGCCGGCGCCAACGUGAACUCGACCACGCGCACGCACAGCACCCCGCUGAGGGCGGCGUGCUUCGACGGCCACUACGACAUCGUCAAGUUCCUGGUGGAGAACGGAGCCGACAUAGAGAUAGCGAAUCGCCACGGCCACACGUGCCUGAUGAUCGCCUGCUACAAGGGCCACAUAAAAAUCGCCAAAUACCUGCUCUCGCUCAACGCGGACGUGAACAGGAAGAGCGUCAAGGGCAACACGGCACUCCACGACUGCGCAGAGAGCGGCUCCCUGCUCAUACUGAGGAUGCUGCUCGGUCACGGCGCGACGAUGGACGUCGACUCGUACGGCAUGACGCCGCUGCUCGCCGCCUCCGUGACCGGCCACACGCACAUCGUGGAGCACCUGAUCAGCGCCGAGCACGGGCUGGUGACGCGGCAGCAGCGCAUCGACGCCCUAGAGCUCCUUGGGGCGACGUACGUCGACAAGAGGCGCGACAUGGUCGGCGCCCUCGCCCUGUGGAAGCGCGCCAUGGACGACAGAUUUCCUGCAGACGGCGGCGAGCCGAUACCAAAACCGAAGGACAUACCGCGCAUCGAGGCAUACGACUACGCGGUGGAGCCUAGCGACGCGCAACAGCUGGAGGAGAUACUGGCGGAUCCGGACGCUAUGCGAAUGCAGGCGCUCGUCAUCAGGGAGCGGAUCUUGGGGCCGGCGCACCCCGACACGUCGUACUACGUGCGCUACCGGGGCGCUGUGUACGCGGACGCGGGGCGGUUCGCGCGCUGCCGCCAGCUGUGGCACCACGCGCUCGACAUGCAGCGCGCCGUGCUGCCCCCCCUCUCGCCGCUCACCCAGUCCAGCCUCUACAGCUUCGCGGAGCUAUUCUCCUACAUGCUCGCCGAGCGCGCGCGGCCCCCUUUGAGAGGUCGCAUCGUGCCGCCGGUGACGUUCGACGACAUAGAGCCGGUGUUCCGGAAGGCGUUGUCCGAGAUCGACCGGGGAAUGGAGCUGUUCGACUCGAAGCUGAGCGUGGACCGGGAGCAGACGCUCGCUACCCUGCAACGGGUGCUGGUGAUAUCGCUGCACCUGGCGGCGCUGAUGGCGCGGCUGCUGGAGGAGCCAGAGUGCACCGACGAGGUGUCCAGGAAGAUACACAAGGCGGUGUUCGCCCUUGUCAAGCUAGAUAUUAAGGUGCGCCAGGGGCGGUCCGCGCUGCACGUGGCGUGCUCGGCGGAGGGCGCGCGGUCGCGGGGCGGUUCGGGCGCGUGGCUGCCGUCGCCCGGCGAGGCGCAGCCCUGCUGCGGCGCGCUGGUGGCGCUCAUGCUGCGCCUCGGCGCCAGCCCUGACGCGCGCGACGCCGACGGCAACACGCCGCUGCACCUCGCCUGCAAGCUGAACCCGUGCCCGUCGGACGUGGUGCGCGCGCUGCUCGCGCACGGCGCGCACAUCGACACGGUGAACUACGAGGGCGAGACGCCCGAGGAGAUCCUGCGCGCCGCCCAGCAGAGCCUCGCCGCCAUCGUCAACCCGCUCAAGUACACCACGCUCAAGUGCCUCGCCGCGCGCACCGUCAAGAACUACAGGCUGCCCUACCGCCACGUGGUGCCCCAGUGCCUCCACUCCACUAUAAUAACGCAC